CGAACCGGUCCCAGGCCCGCUUGAAGCAUUUCCUAAACAAUCAACUGAAACGUCACCCACGACGUUAAGUGGCUCUUGUGUUUCUCUCUCUAAAACCUCCUAAAUUCAUCAAUCAAUCCAGAGGCGUCUCCUUCACUAGAUUCCCUCUCGAAAAACACUCCGCAAAUCUGGAUCGAAGGCAAGUAAAGGUGGUGGAUGAGCCACCAAUGGCGGAUUUGGCUCAGGAAAGUGAUCACUCGAGCUCUUCUGAAGUCUCCGUGACUUGGAAGAACGCCGGUACCAGAGGAAAUGGCGGCCAUAACUUUCGUAUUAGCAGCGACAGUGAAGAAGUGGACAGCAUAGAACCAGCUGAUGGUCCAUCUUCCAGUGGCACAAAGUAUCCUGAGAUUUCAAGCCCUAAUAAACCCAUGUCACCUUCUGGAACUCCUAAGUUGGGAAGGUCUAAAACUGAGAGGCAGAGACAUCAUGAUAUAGGUGCAAAAGAAGCAGCAAAAAUUUUUGACAACAAAGUUCCUGCCAAACAAAAGCUCCAAUUAUUGAACAGAAUAGCUACAGUCAAAGAUGAUGGAACUGUAGAAUUCGAAAUUCCUGGAGAUGUCAGAGUGAUUGCAGAUGGACCUGAAAACAUUAUUACUGAUUUUGAGAACGAAGCUCUUGAUGCAACAGAACUUCAGUGUAUUCCACCAAUGCAGAUUGUGAUGCUUAUUGUUGGAACACGAGGUGAUGUGCAACCUUUUGUAGCAAUUGGAAAACGUCUGCAGGAAUAUGGUCAUCGUGUAAGACUUGCAACUCAUGCAAAUUUUAAAGAAUUUGUCCUUACUGCUGGGUUGGAAUUCUAUCCUCUUGGUGGUGAUCCAAAAAUUCUUGCUGGAUACAUGGUUAAAAACAAAGGGUUUCUGCCUUCUGGACCUUCAGAAAUACCCAUUCAGCGAAAUCAAAUGAAAGACAUCAUAUACUCUUUGCUACCCGCUUGCAAAGACCCUGAUAUGAGUACAGGGAUUGCUUUUAAGGCAGAUGCAAUUAUAGCUAAUCCUCCAGCAUAUGGGCAUAAACAUGUUGCAGAGGCUCUGAAGAUUCCGAUUCAUAUAUUUUUUACAAUGCCAUGGACGCCAACUAGUGAAUUUCCUCAUCCUUUGUCUCGUGUAAAGCAACCUUCAGGAUAUCGGCUGUCGUAUCAGAUUGUUGACUCCUUGAUUUGGCUAGGAAUUAGGGAUCUGAUAAAUGAUUUAAGGAAGAAAAAGCUGAAGCUUCGACCGGUCACAUAUUUAAGCGGUUCACAUGGCUUUGAAUCUGAUAUUCCACAUGGAUAUAUUUGGAGUCCUCACCUUGUUCCCAAACCAAAAGAUUGGGGACCAAAGAUUGAUGUGGUAGGGUUUUGCUUCCUUGAUCUUGCAUCAAAUUAUGAACCUCCCGAAUCUCUUGUGAGCUGGCUUAAGGGGGGUCAAAAGCCAAUCUACAUAGGAUUCGGUAGCCUUCCCGUUCAAGAGCCAGAGAAGAUGACUAAAACAAUUGUGGAAGCAUUACAAAGAACUGGCCAGAGGGGGAUUAUUAAUAAAGGCUGGGGUGGCCUUGGUAACUUGGCUAAACCAAAGGAUUUUGUGUAUUUUCUGGAUAACUGUCCCCAUGAUUGGCUUUUCGAACGAUGUUCAGCUGUGGUGCAUCAUGGGGGUGCUGGAACAACAGCUGCUGGUCUUCGAGCUGCGUGCCCUACAACUAUCGUCCCUUUCUUUGGCGACCAGCAAUUCUGGGGGGAUAGAGUGCAUGCUAGAGGAGUAGGUCCACAACCAAUACCAGUUGAAGAAUUUUCACUAAACAAACUGAUUAGUGCAAUCAGCUUCAUGCUAGACCCAAAGGUGAAGCAGAAAGCGAUUGAGCUUGCAAAGGCGAUGAAGGAUGAAGAUGGCGUGACAGGAGCCGUAAAUGCCUUCUUAAAGCACCUUCCACGCAAAAAGUCUUAUAGUGAUCAGCAGCAGGUGCCUCCUCGGAAAAGUUCUUUUUCUAUAAAAAGAUGCUUUGGGUGUUUCUAGAUCCUCCAUUGAAUAUAU